AUGAAUGGAGGAGGGAAAAUAAGAGUGAGAAGUGCCAAGGCGAGACAGACAUUGGAUGAGGCCCAGUCCAGUUGUGAGCCUGAAGAAGAUGGCCCGAAGAGCCAAGAUCGAAAAGCUUUCCCGUUCCUCUCUUCUCCAACGCCAUCCAUCCUGUAUGUGUGUACUGGCAAGGCGAUAAAGAUGACGUAUGGAAGUUGCCCACUUUUCUUCUAUUAUCUCUCCUUCCUCCCAUCCGGAUUCCUCUCUUCUUGCUCCUCCUCCCUCUGCCCUCGGGUCGACAGUGUCACAGAGGACUCCACGACCACCGCUUCCUCGGAGCCUCGACCAGCAACUGUACCGCCUCAGAAGACGCUGGUCAGCCGCGAGUCUAUUCUCACAAACCUACUGAAAGUGGAGCACUUUCGAGCGCUGUACAACCUGGCUCUGGGCCUGUUCACUCUGCUCUCGACGCAUGUCAUCGUGAAUGAUCUGCUGAAACUGGGCGCGAGGUCAACCUGGGAGCUGCACAUUGGCCGACUGACUUGGUACUUUGCCGGAAUGCCUCAAGUACUGGUCAUCUGGACCGGAAUGCUCCUUUCCGCUGGCCUGGUGCCCUUUUAUGCGUUCUACGCGUGGGUCAGACUGAGGGCUAGGCAACCGGACACAGGAGAAGAGGGCUUCUCGAAGGCAGCUAGUCACGGCAGUUUAAUGGAACUAUCUGAUGCAAUGAUUCGGUUCUCUCAGCUGUCCAGUUAA